AUGCAGCACUCUGAUCUCCAAGAUGCCUUCAUGACACCAUCUGUCAUGAUGAUGCUCCUGCAGCAUGCCUUUGCGGUGCUGCUACUGGCAGCCAGCAGUCUUGGACUAGCCAUUGACCAUACUUGGGUUUCCCAAUAUGGCGUCUCGCACAAUGAGACAUUCGUAGCUCGCGCCGAUCCCAAGGAUUUCUACCUUCGCAUCAUGCCUCUGGGUGCUUCCAUCACGGCUGGAGACUAUCCACCUCCUGACGAUCCGUCCAAGAAUGGGUAUCGCAAGUUCCUUCGUGAUAAGUUGCGUUCCGAGGGCUGGAAGGUCAACAUGGUUGGCAACAGGAACUCGGGAACCAUGGCUGAUAAUGACCAUGAAGGGGUUAGUGGCGACCGUGUGAGCCAAGUCCGUGCUCGUACCACCACUUCGACCAAUACUUGGCUUCCCAACGUCGUGCUCAUCAACGCUGGCACCAACGACGCUGUACAGGAGGGCAGUACCGAGUCAGUCAGCGGUGCACCGCUAAGAAUGAAGGAACUGAUCAAUGCUGUCUUUGCUGAGGUUCCCAAGGCGGUUGUCGUGCUAUCCACAUUGCUCCCACAACAAGACCAUCAAGCUAGUGUCGACAGUAUCAACCAAGGAUAUCGGCAGAUAUACCGUGACUACGUGCCUUUGAGGUCCGACGGGUCAGAGGAACCCAAUCCACAGUUUAAGGUUAUUCUGCUUGAUUUCGAUGGCUUUAUCACCAACGACGACAUCCAACAUGGCGACAACACCCAUCCUACCACAUCUGGUAACAAGAAGAUGGCGGCUGGUUGGGACUGGGCCAUUGGGGUUGCGAACGACCGCGGCUGGAUCCAGCAGGCCACUGAUUCGGGCAAGUUCUCCGACUCGGACGGCUCAACCACAUGUCGUAAGGAAUUUGGCAGCGGAGCUCAGGACACUCGCAGUGGUCGCCAGAUACUCUUCGCUCGAGGUGCCGAGAUCCACGACGAUGGAAACUACGUGCACAAGUCACAGCUCAGAGACGAUCGCGCGGGCAAGUUUGGCGACUACAAUGGCGACAGGAUGGGCUCGGACUCGACCAUAUGGUUUGCUCAGCUAGUCAACUUGGGCGGCUCGCCCAAGCUGGACGAGCGAGACGAGCUGAUCGUGGCUCUAAGCGACUCUGACCUGGAUGACGACACCGCGCGCAAGUUUGUCCUUUGGGUGAACGACGGUGUUGGUAACUAUCAGGAAAGCCACUAUAUGGACGUCCCUGACAGUUGCUCCAAUAAUGGUGUUCGCUGGGGCGAUGUCAACGGAGAUGGGCUGGAUGACUUCAUCUGUCUCUUCGCCAACGGCGAGAUGCACGUGUCAAUCAACAAAGGCGGCAACCCCCCAACCUUCCAGCAGCUAGGCCUCUACAAGGGCCCCGAGCUCGGGAUGGGUCGUGAUAACGUGCGCUUCGGUGACAUGGACGGAGACGGUCGUCUCGACUAUUGUGUGAUUGAUAGCGGCGGCAAUGUUCAUUGCUGGCGAAAUGGUGGCAUUGGCGACCGAGCUGAAUACUGGCAGGACAUGGGCUCCGGACAGCCAAUCUUCUUGGCCAAAGGCAAGGGCGACAUUCGUGGCGUUGAGCUUGUAGACAUCAACGGAGACGGCCGUUACGAUUGGGUCUGGGUGAGCACCACGGGUGAGUGCGAUACCUAUAUCAACCAACGAGGCGAUGGCAAAGGUAUGAUCCCGUACUGGCGCGCCGCUGGUAUCACACAUCCGGGCGUCGGCGUCGAUAUUGGGGACAAUCGCGAACACAUCAAAUGGAAUCGCAUGGUCAGCGGGCGUCCCAGCUACGUUCACUGGACGCAGAAGUGCCCUCCGAAAACGACACCUUGUGAGAUAAACUGGCAGGUAUGGGAAAAUCUCGGAGCCGGGGGAAAAUUCCAGAAAGGUGACGGUAUCUACUUUGGGGACGCUACUGGCAAUGGCUUUGAUGACUACUUUUGGAUCGAUCCCGAUGGCCUUGUAAACUUGUAUCAUAACAAGUACAACAAGGACUACUCCCAAGCCGAUCUAUACGUCGACACAGCUUGGGGAAUUCCCAUUCAGAUCAAUACCGGGGUUAAUCGGAGAGGACUUCACAUCGGAGACUGGAACGGAGACGGCCUGGCCGACAUUAUUGCGGUCACGAACCUAGCCACAGGCUCUCUCAAAGUCUGGAUCAAUAACUGGGACGGUAGCAAUCACAACUGGGCAGCAACUACCAUCGCGGAUCCUGGCCGGUCAUGGUGCACCCAAGGCUUUGGCACUUUGUAUCGCGAUCGAGCUCAUCACUUCGCAGACAUCACGGGCUCCGGUCGCGUCAGCUACAUCUGCAUGGCGCCCAGUGGCCAAGCUUGGGCCUGGCUGCGCGACGAGAAUGGCGAAAAUCCUUCUGGGCAAAUCAAGUACAGCGAAGAUCUCGAUCGAGCUAACUUCAUGUUUGCCGACGUCAACGGCGAUGGCAAGGCCGAUCUGCUAUGGCUUGACAAGUUCACCGGCGACACCAAGGUGUGGUACUGGCAGGACAAGGUCACGGAGGCCGACCGCGCCGGCAAUAGCGGAAGUAUCAUCAAAUGGGAACGACCGCAGACACUAUUUCAGGGCGCCUCUAGGGGCACCAACACGUUUUAUCCCAGUCUGCAGGGGCAGCGAAGAGCUGAUAUGGUCUGGGCAGAAGCCACGACUGCACAUGCUUUCAUCUCUUUCAACAGCUGCCCUGCCGGUGGUGACGAUGGUGGUGUGACCCCAAGUGAUCCUGGCCUCCCAUCGUACACGCCUCCAGGCGGCGGUACAACGCCUGAUGAUCCUACGCAAUGGUUCUGCGAUGGCAACGGCGCCUCCUGGGAUCCAGACCUCUGGCAGGCGCACGGCGUGGGGACCUGGCUUGUUGAACGCUCCGAUCUGUACAGCGCUAUCGACCAGAGCUGGCCAAGUGACCAGAACGUUCACGGUGUACCGCGUGUCAUUGCCGAGUACGAUGUGUACAAUCAUGACGAGGCCUUCAAUUGGCCGCCCGAGUGUCUGGCCAUCGACAGCCACAACGGGUGCGGCCUGGACUCGCUUGGAUUGGACGAAGACUGUCCUAAUAAUCAGGAGAGAGCUUUCUCGCUGUGGGCAAUGCAGAAUUUCGCCAAAUUCUUGCAGACCUGGUUCUGGUCCUUUGAGAGCGGCGUUAACCUGGCCUCCAAGUCUGUAGGCGAGAUCGGCAGCACGUUCUUGUCCGUCAAAGAAGAGGACAAUCCGCCGACGAGCCCUGCAGCCUGGCUUACCAUUGUGGCUGGGAUGUUUACGUCCAUCGCAGCUUGGAUGCCGGGCGCAGCGCAGAUGGCGGGCAACUUUGGAGCAGGUCUUUUGACCGCUGGUGCCGGUGUAGCUUCCUUCUAUGGAUCUGCCACCGAAGAGCCAUCCUUCGACAACUAUUCAGAGAUGCAGGCUGCACUUGGACGCAUGCAGAUCUACGUUCACGAGGCCAUGGCUGCCUAUUUCAACCGGAUGCUGUCUGAGACACCGCCCAACAACGAUCGAGAUCAGGGCUCUGCGCUCGCGCACUUGCUUGAGAGCGGCGUCUGGGCCGAUCAGGACUUCGCCAUUUCCAACACCAGCACGACCGCAGACGGCACUCCCGUCGUCGACGGAGAUCGCCUUGGCUACAUGAUUAUGUCGGCUAUGAUUAGCGAGACGUGGAACACGGAGCAAGUCGCCAUCGCCACGUGGUCCCGCAACAAUUGGAUCGCCUCAACCUACGGCUGGAACCCGUGCGAUAACCUUAGCGCCGAGCGGUAUGGUAUGGAUCACGCCAUCGCUUGCCAGAACGACAAGAACUACAUGAUCGUCCGUGUGCCCGACACCUCGCAGAACAACAACGACUACAGGUACGUCUACACGGUACCUAAGAUCGGCCAGGACGAGGACUCCCUCAAGGACUACGGCCUUAACCACGCUAGUCUGAUCGGUGCUGCCGAACGCAUCCAAGGGCGUGCAAGUUCGUUCAUCCCGCGGGGGCUCGAUGGUCUGUCCGAUUUUAUCCUGAGCGCGACAGACCAGCCUGGCACUGCUCGUGCCGAUCAUCUUUUCUAUAUUAACGUGCCAGUGUGCGAUCUGGACCAGGUCGGCACCAUCGAUCACCCGGGGCAGUAUUGUGAUAAGCCCCUGAACAGCCGCCAGUGGGCCGUUCUGUCGGAUAGCAGUGGCACUGAUGCUUGA